CUCGGUGCGGCCCGUGUCUGUGCUCGCUGCCACGCCCCGGUGGGCGCGCUGGGAGCUCCAGCUAUGCUCUUCUGGCAUACGCAGCCUGAGCACUACAACCAGCACAACUCCGGCAGCUACCUGCGUGAUGUGCUCGCUCUGCCCAUCUUCAAGCAGGAGGAGCCCCAGCUGUCCCCCGAGAACGAGGCUCGCCUGCCACCCCUGCAAUAUGUGUUGUGUGCUGCCACGUCCCCAGCCGUGAAGCUGCAUGAAGAAACACUGACCUACCUCAACCAAGGUCAGUCUUAUGAAAUCCGACUACUGGAGAAUCGGAAGCUGGGAGACUUUCAAGAUCUGAACACAAAAUAUGUCAAGAGCAUCAUCCGUGUGGUCUUCCAUGACCGCCGGUUGCAGUACACGGAGCACCAGCAGCUGGAGGGCUGGCGGUGGAGUCGGCCGGGGGACCGGAUCCUGGACAUUGAUAUUCCACUGUCUGUUGGUAUCUUGGACCCCAGGGCCAGCCCGACCCAGCUGAAUGCAGUCGAGUUUUUGUGGGACCCGGCGAAGAGAGCCUCUGCAUUCAUUCAGGUACACUGCAUCAGCACAGAAUUCACCCCCAGGAAGCACGGGGGCGAGAAGGGAGUGCCCUUUCGAGUCCAGAUUGACACGUUUAAGCAGAACGAGAAUGGGGAGUACACGGAGCACCUGCACUCAGCCAGCUGCCAGAUCAAGGUGUUCAAGCCGAAGGGAGCCGAUCGGAAACAGAAGACUGACCGGGAGAAGAUGGAGAAAAGAACUGCCCAAGAGAAGGAGAAAUACCAGCCGUCCUAUGAAACCACCAUCCUCACAGAGUGCUCUCCGUGGCCCGACGUGGCCUACCAGGUGAACAGCGCCCCGUCCCCAAGCUACAAUGGCUCUCCAAACAGCUUUGGCCUCGGCGAAGGCAACGCCUCUCCGACCCACCCGGUGGAGACCCUGCCCGUGGGCAGUGACCACCUGCUCCCAUCAGCUUCCAUCCAGGAUGCCCAGCAGUGGCUCCACCGCAACAGGUUCUCGCAGUUCUGCCGGCUUUUUGCCAGCUUCUCAGGUGCUGACUUGCUGAAGAUGUCCCGAGAUGAUUUGGUCCAGAUCUGUGGUCCCGCAGAUGGGAUCCGGCUCUUCAAUGCCAUCAAAGGCCGGAAUGUGAGGCCAAAGAUGACCAUUUAUGUCUGUCAGGAGCUGGAGCAGAAUCGAGUGCCCCUGCAGCAGAAGCGGGACGGCAGUGGAGACAGCAACCUGUGUGUGUACCACGCCAUCUUCCUGGAAGAGCUGACCACCUUGGAGCUGAUUGAGAAGAUCGCCAACCUGUACAGCAUCUCCCCCCAGCACAUCCACCGAGUCUACCGGCAGGGCCCCACGGGCAUCCAUGUGGUGGUGAGCAACGAGAUGGUGCAGAAUUUCCAAGAUGAAUCCUGUUUUGUCCUCAGCACAAUUAAAGCCGAGAGCAAUGAUGGCUACCACAUCAUCCUGAAAUGUGGACUCUGAGCAGCAGUGGGCCUUGUACCUGCCUCCAGCUCCCAGCCCUGUGGAUCCCCAUGGAUGUAGAAAUUGCCCCACUGUAAGCUGUGGCCUCACCAGACAAGCUGAGGCCAGGAGGGACCCUUCCCAGUCUGUGAAAGCUACAGAGCACCAACCAGCAGAAGUCUGUGGACACCAAGUACGGUGUACAGAAAGCCAGUGACUCCUUUCUCCCUUCCUCUUGGCCUCCAGAUUUUGAAUGGUUCCUUGUUCUUUUCCAUUGAUCCAACCCCGACGUUCUAAAAGGGCAAACAGUGGAGACGUCUGCUUUGAAACCCCUCAUCCCUUAGUUGCAAGCUGAUUGGGUAUCUUGGUGCCGCCUGUAUUGGUCCCUUCUGACCGCUCUCCUGCCUCCAGAGAAAGCUCUGCUUCACCCUGGAAGCUGGUACCUUUACCUCCUCCUCUGGGAGUUGGCUGCAUGGCCAGCACUGCUGACUUGAUGGGAGCAGUUUGCCCUCAUUCUCCUGUUUCAGGUUUGCUUCCCUUCUCAGUGACCCUGGUGAGCAUCCGCCUUUCCUGUUCUUGGAUGAAUUGAUGGGAGUGGGGCUAUUCUGUGCCUUCUACCUCUUUCUUCUCUACGUUGUUUCUAAGGAUCUGCUGCUGCGGAACCCAAAGAUGUGCUCCUGUCUCUGCACUGGCGCAUUGGCGUGGUGGAUGCCACAAUGUAUGUGCACAGCCUUUCUCAGAGACAUUAGUUCUGAGGCCCUUUGUGGGGAGGUUAGGGGCGUGGUAAUAGAAAAAGACUAUUUUAUUUCCUGGCAAUCAUGGGUAAGGAGGAUUAGGAAUGAGCAUUCCAUUCCUAGGUGUCAUCAGAUGACCUUGACCACCACAAUACCAGGCCCUCUUGGAUGGACUUACAGAAAGUUAGAGAAGACCUUGGUGAACUGCUGCUAAACUUGCCACAGGAACAAUGUAUUUUCUCUGAGUGCCCCUCACUUAAAUGUUUAUCUUUGUUUGUUUGUAGAGGCUAUGUUUAGGGUAUUUUGCGUGCAUCAGAAUGGGUGCAUUAUCUUUCUUAAUGGCCUGACUAUCGGGAAAUUUGAGUGUCAGUAACUGUGGUAGACUCAGAAAUUCGUCUUUGUCUUGCCUCUGGUUCCUGGGAUCCAGUGAUCUCUACUGGCCCAGGGCUUCAGCUCUUUGUUAAUUUAGGUUCGUGGGGAACCCUCUGACCACCUGAAUGGGAUGUCAUAGCUUCUAAAUGGAGCUUCUGUGGAAUGAAGUGCUAGACUGAAGGAUUACCAGAAUAAAACAGGGUCUACAAUGGGUAGAACUUGUUUUAUAGAUGAGGAAACCAAGGCUCAGAGGGGCAAAGUCACCUGCAUGGUAGCACAUAGUGAUAGGGUAGCGAUAUAAAUUUAUCAUAUAAACCAGGACAUUUCAGAAUAAAAGGGGCUGUGUUAGUCAUUAUGUUGGGUAAUAGCCAUGGCAUUCCUACAGAACAGAGUGAGGACAGGCUCCUGAUUCCUCUUCCUUCUUUAGAGGAGAAGCAGGGAGUGGGUUAACUAACAGCUUUAUUGAGAUGUCAUUCACAUGCCAUUCAGUUUACCCAUUGCUAGUGUCCAGUUGUAUUCACAGAACCACCAUCAAUUCACAGAAUUACAAUCAACAUUGGUACAUUUUCAUCACCCCCAGUAAAACCCCAUACCCUAUGUCUGUCACUCCCCUACUUGCCCAACUCCUGCAGUCCAAGGCAGCCAUGAAUCUACUUUCUAUGUAAGAUUGACCGACUCUAGACAUUUCAUAUAUCUGGAAUCAUGUGAUAGCUCUUUUGUGACUGGCUUCUUCCACUGAAUGUUUUCUAGGGCCGUCCAAGUUGAGGAUGUAUCAGUACUUCAUUCUUUUGUAUUGCUGAGUAAUACUUCAUUGUAUAGAUAGACCACAUUUGUUUAUUGAUUCAUCAGUUGAUGGACAUUUGUGUAUUUUUACUUUUUGGCUACUCUAAAUGAUGCUGCUAUGAACAUAUUUCUACAAGAUUUUAUGUGGACAUAUGUUUUCAUUUCUUUUGGGAAUAUACAUAGGAGUGGAAUUGCUAGGUCUUAUAGUAACUCCGGGUUUUAAUUUUUUUUUUUUUUUUUUUUUGAGACGGGGUCUCGCUGUUGCCCAGGCUGGAGUGCAGUGGCGCGAUCUCGGCUCACUGCAAGCUCCGCCUCCCGGGUUCACACCAUUCUCCUGCCUCAGCCUCCCGAGUAGCUGGGACUACAGGUGCCCGCCAACACGCCCGGCUACUUUUUUUUUUGUAUUUUUAGUAGAGACGGGGUUUCACCGUGUUAGCCAGGAUGGUCUCGAUCUCCUGACCUCGUGAUCCGCCCACCUCAGCCUCCCAAAGUGCUGGGAUUACAGGCUUGAGCCACCACGCCCGGCCGUUUUAACUUUUUGAGAAACUGCCAGACUAUUUUCUACAGCAGCUGUACCGUUUUACAUUCCCACCAGCAAUGUAUCCAGGUUUCAAUUUCUCUACAUCCUCACCAACACUUGCUAUUUUCUGUCUUUUUGCUUUUAGCAUCCUAGUGAGUAUGAAGUGCUAUCUUGUGGUUUUGAUUUGCAUUUCCCUGAUGGCUACUGAUGUUGAGUGUCUUUUCCUGUGCUUACGGGCCAUGCGUAUUUCUUCUUUGGAGAAAGAUCUAUCCAGAUCCUUUGCCUAUUUUUAAUCGAGUUGUCUUUUUUGUUUUGUUUUGUUUUCUAUUUUCCUAACCACUAGACCACCAGGGAUGAGCCUUCUUUUUAUUUUUGAGUUGGGUGAGCUAUUUGUAUAUUCUAGACGCCAGUCUUUUAUCAGGUAUAUGAUUGGUAAAAAUGUUCUCCCAUUCUGUGGAUUGUUUUCACUUUCUUGAUGGUGUCCUUUGAGACACACAACUUUUAAAUUUUGAUGAUUUCCAAGAUACCUAUUUUUUUUCUAUUGUCACUUGUGCUUUUGGUGCCAUAUCUAGAAAACCAUUGCCUAAUGGUUAACCUUCCAAGGUUAAGAAGAUUAAUGCCUGUGCUUUCUUCUAAGAACUUGUAUAGUUUUAGUUCUCACAAUGGUCUUUGAUCCAUUUCGAGUAUAUUUUUAUAUAUGAUGUGAAGUAGGGGUCCAUCUUCAUUCUUUUGCUUGUGUAUCUCCGCUUGUCCCACUGCUGAUUAUUGAGAAGAAUAUCCUUUCUCUACGGAAUUGUCUUGGCACCUUUGCUAAAGGCCUCUGCUUCUUACUAGAUCCUCUUUCCUGGGACGUGGUGUUGUUGUUGGGAAGGUUACCUUUUUUUUUUUUUUUUUCCCACUUAGUCUGUGUUUGGUUCCACCAGUUCUACACUGCCUUUCUACUCUGUUCUUGCUGUCUCCCUCUUUACCUGAGUCAAUGGUACCGAGUCCUAUCUCUCUCUGAUGUUCCCCAGUCUUUCUUGGUGCAUGUUCUAGCUCCACACACUAGUCCUUGGAGGAAGGUCGAUACCAAUGAUUUCCUGUUUUGAGUCAUGAGGAAACUGAAUCACCUAGAAGUGGAAUAAUGUGCUCAGGGUCACACAGCCCAUUAGUGGAAGGACCAGGACUAGACCUUUAGUCUUCUGAGGUCCAGCCCCUCAGGCUGUCUCUCAUCACUGUACCCAAGUGAUGUCACUACCAAGGCCAAAUGAUGGUGGGCUAAAUUUUAAUUCUCAAAAGUGUAGGAGGCUAAUAUUUUACUUCUAAGUUCCAAAAGAAGAUGUAAUAAAAGUCUGUUACCUUAAGUGUGCUAUUAAUAGAGUCUUCCAUUUUUCUGGCAUGCCCCUGGCAUCUCUUCUUACCUUCUCGUGGUUAUAGUUAAAGCUUAUAGCUUAUGAAAGAAUAGAAAAUAAUAAAUACCAAAAAAAAGUACACAUGGUAAUUUGGUACCAAAGUAGCUGCCUAAUUUAGCAGCUCAUCCCUUCCACAGGGGUCAGAUGAGCUAAAGCUCCAGGUUUUAUUUUUCAUUUGAUUGACAUACAGAAAAGCCAAAGCCCUUCCCACAGCUGUCCAGGGUCUUUCCUGUGAGUCCGGAGGUGCUGGCCUAUUGAGCAGGACAGCUCUUCCCAGGACACUCCCACCAACCUGUGGCUUCUGAACUGCAGCUUCUUUUUACAGUGAACCCCAGAGGGAAAUAAGACAGACACGUGUGCUCAGGCCACCAUCUUGAACUGGAAGCCCAAAGCUGAGUUCCUUACUCUUAGGUCAUCACGGUUUUUGCGGGGUAUCUGUUUGCAAGGUUGAGGUAAACCCUUUCCUAUUUACCAGGUUGUCCCUUCUGGAUGAAGGGACAGAGGCUGUUAAAUGGAGGAAUAAUAGGUUUGCUGGAGGAGGGGCAUGGUAUGCCUGUGGAAAGGACAGGACGGGGUGGGGAGGUCGAGGCUUUAACUUGGGGUCCUAAGCAAAGGUCAGGUGUUGCCCUAGUGACCUCUUGCCCAGGCAGCCCAGAGCCCCUUACACAGAGCUAUUAGCCUAGAGAAGGCUUUACCAGCAGUGGACUGGAGCCAGCCAGGGUCACAAGUUUCCAAGUCCAGCGUUGCUUCAGGGGCUGGCCUGAGUAACUGAAGAUCUGAAAAUCAUUAACAAGUCGAUGAAAUAAACGGAAAAGCCUCUUAGGCUGUUGUCAGUGGAGCAGAGGGAGAAAGUCCCUAGGCGCUCAGAGGGGGUGGGA